GACUGGUGAGAUAACUCUCACUUGUUCGAUACAUCUAGACAUUAAUGAAAAUUUCUGAGUCAACUCGAAUUUGAAUCUGUAUUCCAUAGCUUCAUUAUCACUACCAUUCGACCUGCAUUAUCUUGUUGCUAUGGAGGACACAAAUUCUAAUCUGAAUAUGAACUUCAAAAAUUUUCGUGAGGAUUUGAUCUUCGUUCAUCACAUCUUGCCCGGGCAUCCAGUCAUUUCGCGCGUUCUUGUCCGAAACCACCAGAGACUUCAAAUACGCUUAAAUCCACAUAUAUGAAUUGUAUAAAAGAACUAACAAUAGACAUAUAUAAAUGAUUUUAUUCUUGCGAUUUCAAUAAUACGAACAUUGUUAAUUUAACGUUUUCUAACAAUACGUACGGAAGAAGUGCUUUAAACUUGCAAUCGUCAAUAUACACAAUGAACGUACGCCAUAUAUUAAUGGUAAUUAUACCAUUAGUCAUUUUAAUGAAUGCUCCUACGGGACAAAACUUUAAGAUACGUCUGAAAAGCAAACACAAGAAUAAACACAGCUUACUGUCCCUCGGUUCCAGAACUGAUGAGGACGAGGCUUACAAUGAAGAUUUGAAGAAUAUAUUGUCUUCACCUCAGUUUGAAAAAUACGGCAAUACCUUUGUACUGCGAGGUAAAUCAAAAAUUCGAGAAUUGGACUGGCUAAUGAGGCCGUCGACCCAAGAAAAAAGUAUUAGUCUACUAAUGAAUACGGAUAAAGAUACUGAUGAAUAUCGACAUAAGCAAGAAAAAAGUAUUAGUCUACUAAUGAAUACGGAUAAAGAUACUGAUGAAUAUCGACAUAAGCAAGGUAUCACUGAACAGAAAAGUUUUAAAAAUUCAAGAAGUGAAGUUCGGAUGCCUUCUUUUGUGAAAAAUUACAAAAAAUACAAAGAAUCGUAUUUUAUGCGAAAAUAUGCAAAUAAAGAACUCGAAUCAAAAGAAGGAAUGGAACAAAUGGGAAAAUUGAAUAACAAUGCUCGGUUUUCGGAGAAAUAUCGUUUUAAAUCUCGUCUUAACAGAAUGUUAAUUGGUCCAAUCAGGCAGAAAAAUGACAAAAAUAAAAUAUCAAAAAGUAGAACUGAUUUUAAAGUGAACAGAAAAGUUGCCAAGCAGGAAAAGAAGGUCGUAAUGGAGAAAAUAGGCCGAGCAAUUUCCAUAGUAUUGGUUGCCUUCGUUGUAGUAUCGUUUAUAUCUCUACUUGCUUCUGCGCUCGUGCACAUUUUCUCUAAGAUAUGUCGCGAAACAUCAUCUAAACGAGAGAAAUACGAAGGACCUCAGUCACCGAAAUCCGUCUUCUUCGCCGAUAUCGAUUCAUCUCUGUGUGAAGAGGGCGAGAUACAGAAAUCCGAAUCGGCUAGUUUGCAAGAAGAACGUAAAGAAAUUGUUUUGUCACUGGAAGAAAUACCGGGAGACAAUGAUAUCGAGGAAACAACUCCGUUGUUAUCUCCAAAAUCAACAUCACCGAAAAAUAAAAAAGAUAAGUAUCAUUCGUCUUCCUCCAGUGGAGCCGAAACUGUACAGACGAUGGUCAAAAUUAAAACUCCUGUUUCUGGUAGAUAUAGCUCUGCAUCUUAUGCAAGUGAUUCGUCUGAGAAAAAGGAAGAAAUCGAUUUAGACACCGACGUCAAAUUAUCCAAACAAGUAAACAGAAUUAAUUCACACGAAGAUGAGAUUUAUGAUUUUUUAAAAUCUUCCGGAGUGCAGUCUGGAAAAGUCUCGCAUCCUCUCCCGAAGACAAAUGAGGACACCAAUGCAUUUCAGGACAUAACACAGGGAGUCGAGUUUUCAUUAAACAAUCAAUCGCACGAUCUGUACACGGUUCCUACUAUAGAAUACACCAACCUAGCAUCGGCUCUUCAAAUGAAAAAAGAAUGUUUGAAGAACUUAAACCAAAUAACUUAUUGUGGAGAUUCAUAUAAUAGAUCGUCUGUGGAUCGUGGUUUAAACUUUAAAGGCGAUUUUAAAACAAAUUACAUGUUAAAUGGAUUGACUGGCAAAGAAUUUGAUAAAUCUAGAGUGGAUCUCUGCACAAUUUUUACAAAGCGAGCGAAAAAUUAAUCGUGGAAGAAGAUUUGGCGAAGAAAGAAAGAAAUUCACGAAAUUAAUACAAAGAUUUGGCCUCGAAGAGUAGGCCUAAUCUAUCGAAUCAUCAAUUAAGAAGUCAAAAUACUGAAAUUUUAGCCAACACAAUCGAAAAUUUUACUUCUAAAAGAAAAAAAAAAAUUAUUAAUUUAGCCAUGGAUGAAAUUUAGGAAUAGAAGUGUCGCCAACCGAUAACAAAAUUUAUUUUUAAAUAAUUAAAUAAUUCAUUUCCAAAUACAUUAAUAUGAUUGAUUAUUUUG